CUUUGCGGAGUCCAAGAAAACUGAGCAUGAUUAUCUUCUGUCGACAGAGGACAUGAGGGUUAGACCAGCAGCCACUGCGCUGUGUGAGCUGUAUUCAUGUGAUCCAGAGCGAGUUAAAGUGUUUAAGUGUAACAUUAGUGACACUCAAAAUGCAACUGAAGAUAUUCUUCUCUCGCAGAAAUAAGACUUCAUUUACAGAGUUGUUCUCAAAGCCGACAACACAUAAGGACGAAAACUAGUUUCCUUCUUGAAAAAAGAAAUCAACAUUUAACAAGUCAUUUCUUUUUUUUUACUGAUGGAUAUAGGAUUGGAAGUAGGGACUAAUGGACCCGCCUUCAUCAUGACACCUGACGUUAGAGCACAGGUGAGGAUUUAUGUCACGAGCUAAUUCCGCAUUAAUUAAUAUAAUUGACUGUAUCGCUGUGUGUUUCCGUUUAAAAGGACACUAUAAAAUGUCAAACGUUAGCCGUAAGUCAUGGCAUUAAAUGCUCAUUUAAACAGUCAAGUCUUCAGCCAGUGUCACUUACUUUAGUUGUGCCUUGUCAUGAAGUUCAGCAUGCGGCCACUACAGUCAGCUGUUUCUAUAACGUUAGACGUUCGGUUACUAUGGUUCCAUUCGAUUAGUUUCAGCUCGUGCAACCCUGAUAAAUGUCAGUUUCUCUCGACUUGUGAACUGCAGGAUAUAACCUAAUCUCCCGUCGUUACUUCGUCCGUACAAUAUCAUCCGUAUUGUUGUGUUAUGAUGAGAACGUCAUUGGCCUCCAUUUCCUCCGUGUCCGUGUAGAAACUGUAAAUGCUUUCUACAAUUCUUCUACAGGUUAUGCCGUUACCAACACGUACCGGAAGUAUUCGUCGAUGUUUCCGGGGGGAAACAAUGUUAGAGCACAGCGGAUAUGUCGUACUAAGAGUUGGUGGCGUUCGAUUUGAGUUCCUGGGUUUGCCGUAAAUAAAAGGCCACGGCAUUUCAACGUAAAUGUAGAUACUCCGCCCGCAUGGGCUUCCGUGUGACAUAAAAUAUAGAACCAAGCAUUUCCCGCGCAAUAUUACAUUGUCCCGAGUUCAGUAACGCCAAAAACAGCAACCCAUUAAGAUGGCAGGCAUACUGGACGUUCCCAAACCAAGAAUAAACUGCUCCAUGCUGUCGCAGCACAUCAGCAGACCGGUGUGCUUCGUUGGACGCGUUGAAAAGGUACACCCAACAGGAAAAACGUUCACUGUCUCUGAUGGAGAAGGCAAGAUUGCAACAGUCGAACUUAACGAGCCUCUUGGAGAAGAGCUGAGCGGUGUCGUGGAGGUCAUUGGUAUGGUGUCCAACAAAGGAGCAAUAAUGGCCACCACGUACAACAUGCUACGAGAGGACAAGGGCAUUACUUUUGAUUUAGAGCUGUAUAAUGACGCCCUGAAAGUCAUCCAUGAUUUCCCCCAGCACUACCCCUUUGAAGUGGCUGCGAGUGGAUGAGGCCCCGCCGCGUGAAAACCUCGUUCUUUGUUCGCUCAAGUUGUCUUCACUUCAUGUCCAUCGUUUGUGUCACUUUUUGUUCAGUAAAAAUAGAUUUGUACAAACUGUUUUGUCAAUAAAGUUAAAACCAAAUGUA